UAAAUGCCGAAGAAAUUGUAAUUACUGUACUACAUAUUGAAGUAUUAGGAUUUACAUGUGUCUGACGACGUACUGAGAAGGCUUCUAAAGGCAAAUUGGACUUUCAUCGUUUCACUCAACAUAAUUACAUCAGCAUGCAAUGAGAAGUAGAAACUAAUUUGCCCACCCAAAAUCAUGAAUCCAAUACUUAGACAGAGAAUCCCUCCAUCUGUGCGGAAGUUGUUGACUGACAUUGGACCAAGGGAUGAGCAACACUGCAGUGAAUGGACUGACACAGAGCCCGAGACUGUCACUAGAGAUGGAAUUGAGCUUCCUGCCAGAGGAACCACCAAUAGCAGUGGAUUUCUGACACCAGCUACUGGGAAAGAGGAUGGAGAUGCAGACCAUACAGAUGCCACAACACAAAGCAAAGUGUGUGGGCUGUGCUUAUGCAAACCUUUUUACUACACCUGUCCACGAUGCAAUGUACCUUACUGUGGCCUGGAAUGCUACCGGAGUACAAAUCAUUCUGUGUGCUCAGAGGAAUUUUAUAAGGAGUCUGUGUUACAGGAGCUGAAAUGUAUUGGAGAAACAGAGUGUGAGGGGAGGAAGAAGAUGCAGGAUAUUCUGCUAAGGCUGAGACAUAUGGCAGAUGGGGCAGAAGGAGGGAUGGAGGGUGUUUUAAAGACCGUUGAGGAGGAGAUGGGGGGUAGUGAGGAGACAAAGGAAAGAGCACAGGUUUUAGACCUCCUCUCCAAGUUAGCAGAGAUUCAAUCAUCUGGGGAAGGGAAUGUGGAGGAGAUUUUAAACAAACUCAAAGAGUUAGGAGACAAGGAUGAAGAAGCAGGGCAGGUGGUUUCUGCAAAUGUUGGAGACGUCGAUGAGGGGGUUGAAGGCGCCGAGGAGCUAGACUUGGCUGACAGGCUCUCGGGGCUGGAUAUCGAUGCUCUCUCUGAGGAGGCAUUGUGGGACCUGUUGAGCAGCCAGGAGAAGGAGAAGUUUAGGAGUCUGGUGAAGGGUGGUGCUGUAGGAGCUCUGGUCCCCCUGUGGAGACCCUGGUGGGAGCAGCACGAGGAGGGGGAAAAAUCUCUGAUGGAGGUAUUGAAGGAGGAGAUGGUCGAGCCAGGAGAUGAUGCAGCAGGACAGGGAGGGAGCAGGACAAGAGAAACAGUGAAGACAAAUAAAGGACAGGGGGGGAGUCUGCAGAAGGAAGAAUGGGCAGGUUUAUCCAGUUGUGAAAUAAGAGAGGCAGAAAGUCAAGUUGUGGUCAUUGCGGAUAAUGAAGUCAAGGAUUCUGGGAAAAGACUUGAGAGUGUGGGUAAAUCAGGGAAGGAGCAGGGACAGAGAAAGGGUAAGGGAAAAUACAGAAAAGAGGCGAGCAAGGCUAAGGGACCAAAAUCAACCCCUGGUAUGCCUCCAAUCAAUGUCAAAAUCCCACCUCUGAGCUCCUUGUCAUCCCAUCCAUCCCCUCUUGUUCGCCAUGGCUUGGUCGAUGCACUGUUUGGCUACACCUUCGCCCUACGCCUGUUCAAUGGUGACAUCGAGUCAAACGUAACUCAGGAGUUUUGUCAAAUGGUUCUCACUGUGUCCGAGGCCCUAAGCUCAGGCAGGGUGUUCAGCUCCCUUCAGGAGACCCUUGAGGGAGGGGAGGCAGCCAUUUUGGCCGGGGGCUACUUUGACCGAGAGGACCCCAGUUCCCCAGCCAGGGCUGUGGAGGCUGUGGCUCAUAUUCUGACUGGGAGAAGUAAGCAGGAUGUCGUUGGAUACUCCUUGGCAGCUUUGAGCCAACUCCGUAUGGUGCUAUCCCAAGCCAGGGCAGCUCUGCCCAAAGAGGGAGAUGAAGGGGACAUGAGAAAGAACUAUUUCCUCGCGGGGAAGAAAUGUGAGUUCUUUCAAGCUUGGGUGUCUGACAAUGCCCAGGAGGUGAGAAGACUGGCCGCUGGGUUAUGGAGAGAGCACAGGAAGAGGGAGGAUGAGAGGAGUGCUUUGCAGAAGGAGAAGAGAAGAGUUGAAGAAAGCUGGAAGAAGGGAAGAGGGAAAGUGAAGGGUGUGUUGAUUGAAGAAAUAGAUUGAGAACAUUUUGGUAUUUUAUGACAGUUAAGUAAAUAUGAGUCUCUUUAUUAUCUUGUUUUCAGGGCAAGCCUGGUAUUUGUUUGUAUACCAUUUUGUAAAAAUGUAUUCUGACUGCAGUUACCAUUGAGACAUGUUUAUUGUUUUGUUUUUUAAUUACAAUUCAGCUAUGCAAUAAAGGUCAUGUAAACUAAUAAGGCUUACAUUUCAGUUAUCAAUAUUAAAGAAAUGGGCCUACACUGUCGUUCUAAAAGAAAUUGUCCAACAUUACCUUAAUUUCAAUACAUGCAUAAAUUGUCAUGAUAAUUUGAAUAUACUUCAGAUUAGUGCUGUUAGACGUCUAAGUUACUGAAAUGUGACCAAUCUAUUCAUUUGAAAUUGAGUUUAGGGCUGGUUGCCCGGACAGAGAUUAAGCCUACUUCUCGACUAAAAAGCACUUUCAAUAGAGAUUCUCUAUUGAGCAUGUUUUUUAGUCCAGGACUAGACUUAAUCUGUCAGAGAGGAUCUUAUGUAUUUUCUAGGUACUUACCAUGCCAGGGCCAUGAGAAGGUCUCCUAAGUAGUUAGGAUGGCGGACGAGGCCCCACCAGCCUGACACCAAAAGGCGCUUCCCCAUGGCUGUGGCAAUAGUCUCCAGGUCUACAGUAAGGCACGGGGGAACUUUUUUCAGUUUUGGCAGUCAUUUGAGAGAGCUCAGAUUACAAAUUAUUCACACUCCAUCUGCUCUUUUUAAUGGGCCCAGAUUCUACUCUGUGGUGCUUCCUGCCAUCCACUGUAUUCAUAUCUGCACUUCGAUCCAUUAUGGAAAAUACAAUUUGAAACAGACAGUAAUAAAGCUGUCGCCAGAGAGAAGACCAAAUUCUAUCUAUUCUCUCAAAACUGUUAAACUGA